AACGCGCAUGUGCCGAGAGAAGCCCGGGAAGGCGCAUCGCCUCGGGCGCGCAUGCGCGCGUUGAAGCGAGCAACAGCGGCGCUUGGCAGCCGCCGCCGCCGCCGCCAGAAUUGGGAGCGCCGCGCGCAUGCGCGGUAAGCGGGCUGGCGGCGGAGGGGCAUUACAAUGGAAGAGGAGGAGGUCGCCGAGAGCUGGGAGGAGGCGGCCGACAGCGGGGAAAUCGAUAGGCGGCUGGAAAAGAAACUGAAAAUCACUCAGAAGGAGAGGAAAUCAAAGUCCCCCCCGAAAGUGCCGAUCGUGAUUCAGGACGACAGCCUUCCCUCGGGCCCCCCGCCGCAGAUCCGGAUCUUGAAGCGGCCCACGAGCAACGGGGUGCUCAGCAACCCCCACGCGGCCAGCCGGCCUGCCUUCCCCGUGAAGUCUCUGGCCCAGCGGGAGGCCGAGUACGCAGAAGCCCGGAAGCGGAUCCUGGGCAGCGCCAGCCCUGAAGAGGAGCCCGACAGGCCCACCCUCGACAGGCCCACGAGGAUCUCCCAGUCGGAAGAGGGCCGGCCGGCCAGCAACGUGAUCCGGCAGCCGCUGGGCCCGGAUGGCUCACAGGGUUUCAAGCAGCGCAGAUAGGCAUGGCUGCUGGCGUGGACACCGGGUGCUUCCCGCCCCAGCCGGGGCUGUGCGGCGGCGGCGGACCGACGGGCCCAAGCGAGGGGGGCGACUCGGGUGACUUGCACUGUGACCUCCUUUGCUCUGCCGCCUCCUGCGCCCGUGCGCCCCAAGCACUGUGACGCCCCCCGCUUCUCCCCCUGGGAUAGGCGCUCCAAGGAGGGCCUCCCGUGGCCACCGUGGCGGGUGGGGGGCGGCGGGGGGAGCACCCCGCCUGCCCAAGCCAGCACCAGCAGCAAUAAUCCCUUCUCCCAAUGGGCUCACGUGGCCUGGAAGCACUGGCUGGGCUGCCGCUUCCUGACCUCUGCAUGUUUGUCCGUGUGGCUUCCGGAGCAACGAGCGAGCCGGGGGGGCGGGGGGGCUCAGGUGCGUGCACACGUUUGUCUGUUUGCUUUGGGGAGAACAGAAUCGGGUGGCGUCAAAGCCACGCGCAUGGGAAGAAGGGGGCGUUGGCAGUUUAACGUGUUCAUCUGGGAAGCGAGAGUUGGUAGUCUUGGGAAAGCAGAGGAAGGACUCUGGAUGGGCUGCUGCAAAUGGGGCGAUCCGGGUGCCUCUUGCGGUUCGCUGCUGCUACUUCUGAGCAGAUGGGAAGGGGGGGGGGCAAGGCUGAAGCCUCCAAUCCCUCAGGCUCCUGACUUUCUUUGAAAAGUGCCAGCCACCGCCCCUCCCAAUGCUGCUACCGCCUGUGUGUCCUGAGCUUUGGCUAGUCCUCCGGGUUGGGCCGGAAGGGAUCGAAAUGCGCCUCUCGUCUUCGGCCGAAGGGAAUGUCGGCCAGCGCCUGGCUGGCUGGCUGGUGCUGCUUCCGGGCCGAGGGGGGCAGCUCGGGACAGCUUUCUUUUGUACCAUGCUGAUGCCCUCUGGUGAGGCCAGGAGGAGGGAGGGAGGGAAGGAGGGAGGGCCGCCAGGGGCCAGGCGAUGCUUGUGCUGGCCAUGGUGGGCAAGCGCUUGGUGAGCCCUGGGUGGCCAGGGUCUCAGCCUGCCGCUCCCAGUGCGCUUUGGGUUCUGCCGCUGGUAGAAGUGAUGCUAAUAGGCCAAGAAGCGGGGCAGGAGCCACGUCCAGAAAUGCGUGAGAGCAGGUGCGAAUUUCCCUCUCCUGAGAGGUGGGAGGGUGUGGGGCAGCCUCGAGGGCUUGCGAUCGUCUAGCGGGGUGCGGAAGGGGCCCUAAGGUGGCCCAUGGCGAGGCUUCGGUUGCCUACCCCAGGCGGAAGCUGUCGGAUUUUCCGCCAGCGGCUGCGAGGAGGCUCCCAGUUCUGCGGUGCCGAGGGUCCUGAGGCCGACUGGCUGGGCCUGCCCCGUCCUCUCUAGCAGCCAUAUUUCCGGUGGGGGGGCUGUAGGCCUCCCCCCAGCACCACCUUCAAGUGACCGUGGGCUAGCUUGCUUCACUGUGUUUCCAGAGUCUGCCUUUUUGUUCUACUGUCUGGUUUUGGAGGACAUAAGAGGUGUGGGACAAGACACUGCACCCAGUGUCAGGCACACCGAAAUGUGUCUCUCGUGGCCUGGGACGGUAGUGGAACCUUUGCCUAUUUGGAGGGCGGGGGGGGGGGGCUCUUUGUACGUCAACCCAAGACAUGUACAAAAAUAUUGCAAAAUAACUGGUCAAAAGAGUAAUAAUAAUAAAACUACCUGUGUACAAAAAGUGAAACGUGACGGGCUGUGGCUGUGUUGAAUUUGCCCCCCCCCUUUCCUCCCUCCACUUCCCACAUCUUCUCCUUCGCUUCCUGAAAUGAAUUCCUCUAGGGCCACAGACGUUGCUUUUCCCUGUCUCUCAACUGAUGCCGCCUGGAUCUCUUCCUCCUCCUCAGAGCUGCAGUGUAUUUUGAGUUGACCCAGCUGGACUCCUUUUCUGCAAGACCUUCUUGUGGGAUGACUUUUGUGCCAUGCCUCUGGUUCUUACAGGAUAUGGCAAGAGGUAGUGGUGGGGAGACGUGGGUGGGAGGGAAACAGUACCCCCCCCCGCCGUGGGAAGAAAGUGGGGUAGGGAAAAUAUGAGCAAUAACUGCAAGUCCCCACCCCCGCACGCCUUUCCUUAAUUCUGAUUUAGAUUGGGUGGCUGGAAAGCAGCUCCUUGUCAGCCUCUCCUUUCCUCCACUUAGUAUCCCAUAUCCUGCACCCCAGGAGCUGCCUUAACUCCCGGCUUGUCGCUCCUAACAGAGGUGUCCAGCCACCCCCAUCCCCGGGCAACUUCCCCAAUAUGAGGGAGGUGGUUCAGCUGAUCACUGCAGUGCCCCCCACCCCUCUGCUAGCUUAGCCAUAGUCCUGUGGGGAUGUUGCCAGCCGCCUACCUGCAGGCAGGGAAGUGGCAGAGCCUUUUUCACAGUCUGCCAUUGGAGGCUUCUGCUGUGGACAACAGGUCCGUUCUGAGAUCUGUGCUGAAAUAAGUGGGAGGCCUCCUUGGGUGCGUGCAAGCAAGUGUGUGUGUGUAUUUCCACAAGGCAAGCAAAGAGGCUGCGCCAACCCACAAACGUCUGGCGUAUGCGCAUAAACAUUUUAUAAAUUGUAUUUUAAAUAAAUGUGUUUACCUUUUAAAA